AUGUACCGACAAUUAGGUGGUAGACGCACAUUACGCAUACGCCGAAAGAAACGUACGCUUCUUCUUUUAUUCAUUAUUCUGGUUUCCAUCCUUUUCUUUCUCCUUACUGCUGUAUGGAGAUUUGGUACAAAUCAAGAGCGUUUCUCGUGCGGAAAUAAGGCUGAAGUGUUGUAUGAUAUUGUGCUGGAUGCAGGAAGUACAGGUACGAGAGUACAUGUUUUUGAGUAUAAUGAACAACAACUCGUACGAGAGACGUUUGACAGCACACGUCCCGGUUUUUCUACUCUGGCCAAAAGUAGUAAUUUGCGUAUGAACACCUUGCUGGACCCACUCAUGCAGACGGCACUUCAGGCAGUUCCUGCCCAUUAUCACGCCUGUACGCGCGUGUCAUUAAAGGCCACUGCCGGUUUGCGAUUGCUAGAAGCUAAUAAGGGUGAACUGCUGCUGCGCGAGGCGAGGGAACACUUAACGCAAUACCCUUUCGUAGUGGACACCGUCUCCAUCAUUAGCGGUGAUGAGGAGGGUAUAGCAGCAUGGAUCACCGUAACAUACCUUCUCGGCCGAAUGCCAACAACUAUCACAACAGGUGGUAACAGCGGUAACGUCGCCGGGCGAAUUACGACAAUUGACAUGGGCGGCGGUUCCGCGCAGAUUGUCUUGCCUCUUACACGAAGUGAUAUUGUGCGACCGCAAUACACCUCACGCAUGCACUUGGAUGGUGUCCCGGUAGAGUUGUACCACUAUAGCUUUCUAGGCUUGGGACUUAAAGAGGCUACACAAUUGGUGAUGCGGCGAUUUCCAAAAGAAAAUCGAACAACCUUUCCUUGUUUUCCGGUAGGACACAAGCAAGUUAUCGAAUUAGUUGAUUUCGCACCAUAUACCUUGGAGAAUGUCAAUGAUAAUAUCCAGGACUUCAAUGCUUGCGCUGCUAUUUUUCGUUCCUUUUUUCUUAGGCUUACAAAAGAGCAACAGAAGGCGUUUGAUGAGAUUCGUCCUCUUUUAUCCUCAGGCACAUCAUUACCGCUAUUGUAUGCCUUUUCUUAUUUUCAUGACCGGAUGCGACAUUUUGAUACAGCAGAAACCAUUACUGUUGGUUACUACAAAACAAUUGCAAAGUCACUUUGCCGUAGUGGUGCCGAGCGCAAUAUGGGAACUAUGUGCAUGGAUCUCACUUACCUAUACACAUUUCUUUCUCUGGGUCUCGGACUCUCUGAUGAGGUGACGUUAACAGUCCCAAAGAAACUCCGAGAUGUUGAGGUUUCAUGGGCUCUAGGGACCUCCUUGCUUUCGAUGAGAAAUCAACCUUAG